GGGAGAGAGAGUCGCAGGCAGAGGUAAGCCAGAGACGGUACGGUGUGGGGCUGUAGCUACGGUGUCAGCGGCAAGUAUGAGAGGAGACAAGUUUACGAGCUGAAGCUGGCUGAUUGACAGCCUCUGUCGCAUUCUGUGGAGGGACCACUUGUACCGGCGGACGUCGAGAAGACGCGGUGUAGCCUGUGCGACUAACAAAACCUAAACUAAACCUUUAAAAACAACUGGUGGACACACGGGGUUUGUGGAUAGACGUUGGCAGCGGCGGCGGCGGCGGCAGGAGCAGGGAGAGAGUGUGAGUGCUUUGGCGGCGUUCCCGCUGCUAGAGAAACAUGAACAAAAACCACCGAGUGCCGAGCAGCCGUUCUCUGAAUGCAGUGGAGGUGAAGAGCAAGUUUGGUGCAGAGUUUCGUCGGUUCUCUCUGGAACGGUCCAAGCCAGGCCGCUUCGAUGAGUUCUACGGUCUCCUGCAGCACGUGCAUCGCAUCCCCAAUGUGGAGCUGUUGGUGGGCUACGCUGACGUGCACGGUGACCUGCUGCCCAUCAACAAUGACGACAAUUACCACAAGGCCAUCUCUACAGCCAACCCUCUACUCAGGCUGUUCCUCCAGAGGAAAGAGGAAGCUGAUCAUGGAACAUUUGGUACCGAUUCCCUGACCAGGAAGAAGAACACUGUGCUUUCUGCGGUUCUUCUGCGGCCUGAUCACAACAAGAAAAAACCUCCAGUGAUAAUCAGCCUCCCUAAAGACUUCCGGCCUGUAUCGUCCAUCAUCGACGUCGACAUCCUCCCGGAGACGCACCGACGUGUUCGUCUGUACAAGCACGGCCAGGAAAAACCACUGGGUUUCUACAUCCGUGAUGGUUCCAGUGUACGGGUCACCCCACAGGGCUUGGAGAAAGUCCCAGGAAUAUUCAUCUCUCGCUUGGUGCCAGGCGGGCUUGCGGAGAGCACCGGCCUACUGGCGGUUAAUGACGAAGUGCUGGAAGUGAAUGGUAUCGAGGUUGCUGGGAAGUCGCUGGAUCAGGUGACAGACAUGAUGAUCGCCAACAGCCACAACCUCAUCAUCACCGUAAAGCCUGCCAACCAGCGGAACAAUAUCGUUCGUAGUGGAGUAGGCGGAGGAGGGGGUGCAGCAUCUGGUAGUUCAGGACGCUCAUCAGACAGCGGCGCCAGUUACUACGGCUACUCGUCACACAGUGCUGCAGCCUCCAUACCACCACACAUCAUCCAGAACUUCCCUGUUGGGGAGUUGGAGAGCGAUGAAGAUGAAGAGGACUUGGUAAUUGAGGCUGGAGGCGAGGCUGAGCCAAUCAGACAUGUGGCCUCCAACCACAGCAUGAGCUCACUGCCUCGUUACGAACCACACCUCAACCUCCGCACCGCCACCACUUCCACCUUCUCCAUUAACACCAAUGGGACCCUGCCCACCAGCGGCAGCAGUAGUUCCCUAAGCAACAUCAAGGCUACAACGCCGUCCCCAGACAGAGCCAUGGAGAGGGGGAGUUUGGAGGAGGACGGUACUGUUAUAACGCUGUAGACUGGACAUCCUGGACAUUUUACACACUACACACUGGAGACCAGAGAAAUAAACACUCUUGUACUUUAACACAGAUGGAGGGUUGAUGGAGAAAUCAAAUAAAACCCAGGAACAUACAGUUCCAUCUCACAGUGACUAAACCUGAGAAGCACAAACAUACGUCUGCGUAUUACAUCUCGACCUACUAAAUUUGUCCUUUCACAUCAAACACUACACCCCCAUACUUUGCUCUUCUGAAUGCCAAUGACCACAUAUUUGUGCCAUAGCAGUGACAGCCCCCAUUCCUGGUUCUGCAGCCACAAAAACAACAACAGAAAAACCCCCUGAAAAUGUCCACUGUUUCUGUUUAUUCUAAACGCACCUGUUUUUAAUCCCAUAACUGUUAUUCCGCCGAACUUCCUUUAGCGGGCAGAAAUAGGAAGCCCAUCCAUACCCAUCACAUAUUUCCUCUUUUUAAGUCGUGCUAACAAGCUAAUAUCACCCGUAAAGCAAAAAUUGUCCCUCACAAGGCACAGCAAACAACUAUGCUGAGCUAUAUAUAUAUAUAUAUACAAUUUUUUUGGGGGGGAGGAGAAUCCCAUAUAGAAGAAGUAUUGUUUUCUUUGUGCUGGCUCAGAUGGCAUUAAACACUGCCGUCUAUACUUGAUGUGACAAUGACUGAUAAUGAAAGAUUGGUGAUUUUGAUAAAUAUUUGCACAUCUUGUCCUUGGGCUUUUCCUAUCCUGUUUUUAUUAUUAUUAUUAUUAUU